CUCUCUGGUGGCAACAACAUGAAUCCUCAAUGGCUCUUUCAUUGAUAUACCAGGAAUUAAUAAUACAAUGAGAUGGGAACCAGAAAGUUUAAUUGUUAUUAGGACAUUGGAGCCAGGGGCCACUGUUUUUUGUGGACCUGAAAUAAGAAGCCGCUGAAAUCUGCAGAAUAAAAGCCAGAGGAGCAGCAGAGACGCCAACACUGCUUCACCCAGCGGGAAAUUCCUUUUCCAGGCACCAUCAGCAUGAACUGUCUUGGCGUUUUUCUCACAGUUUGCGUCAUUCUGACGCCGGGCCAAGGUGUACCAAUAAACUCGACACUCACGAGGGGCAAAGGGGGUCUCUGCGACUACAAGCGCCUGCAGUGCAUGAUCUACCCUGGAGGAUUCUGCCCACAGUGCGACGCCGAUGGCAACUUCCUCCCGCAGCAGUGCUCUGGCUCCACCGGAUACUGCUGGUGCGUUGACGUGAUCACUGGAGAGGAAAUCCCCAGCACGAAGACCCCGCCCGGGAUCAGGCCAGUUAACUGCGCAAAGAACAAUCGCUGCCCACAUGGAUGGAGCAGUUUUGGCUAUCGGUGUUUCCUCUUCAUCGACACGCCAAAGACAUGGCCUGGAGCUGAGUUUUAUUGUCAGUUUGAAGGAGCAAACCUGGCGUCGGUACACAGCUAUGAGGAGAAUCACUUCAUCCAGACUUUGACCAGAGGAGACACCCACAGCUUCCCAGAAACCUGGAUUGGAGGCACCAGUGCCAUACAUCCUGAUCUGUGGAUGUGGUCCGAUGGCUCCAGGUUUCAGUAUGAGAAUUGGUAUGAUGGCGACCAUCAUGAGAAGGACGGGUGCUGCCUGAAGACAAAUUAUUAUUAUACCCUGAAGUGGUCCGCUGCCCCCUGCAACCACACGCUGCCUUUUGUUUGUUCCAAGGACAGAGGAGCUAAUCUUCAAGACUAAAACCUGAGCAAUUCAACCCGAGUCCACGUAACUAACAGGGGAUCCACACUGACUGCUGCCAGCCUGCAAAAAUGUUUCUUUUUUAUGUGAU